AUGACCGACAGAAGCCCCUUCGAAACGGAUAUGCUGACACUGACGCGAUUCGUGAUGGAGAAGGGACGCCGCGUAAAAGGAGCGACGGGGGAGCUGACGCAGCUGCUCAACUCCAUGCUGACUGCCAUAAAGGCCAUUUCUGCUGCUGUCAGAAAGGCAGGCCUUGCCCACAUGUUUGGUAUAGCUGGCACGGUGAAUGUGACGGGUGAUGAGGUGAAGAAGCUGGAUGUAUUAUCCAACUCCCUGGUGAUUAACAUGCUCCAGUCCUCCUACAGCACCUGCGUCCUGGUCACAGAGGAGAAUAAGGAGGCCAUCAUCACCCCGAAAGACAAGCGGGGUAAAUAUGUGGUGUGCUUUGACCCCCUUGACGGUUCAUCCAAUAUAGACUGCUUGGCACCAAUAGGAACAAUAUUUGCUAUCUACAAAAAGGAAACAGAUGAUGAGCCCUCUGAAAAAGAUGCUUUACAGCCUGGACGCAAUAUUGUUGCUGCAGGCUAUGCCCUGUAUGGCAGUGCUACGCUGGUUGCCCUCUCCACAGGGCAAGGAGUGGAUUGCUUCAUGCUUGAUCCGGGUCUUGGUGAAUUUAUUUUGGUGGACAGAGAUGUUAAAAUCAAGAAGAAGGGGAAGGUAUACAGUCUCAAUGAAGGUUAUGCAAAGUAUUUUGAUCCUGCAAUGACAGAAUAUUUGCAAAGGAAGAAAUUCCCUGAGGAUGGGAGCUCCCCAUACGGUGCCAGAUAUGUGGGCUCCAUGGUAGCUGAUGUUCACCGUACACUGAUGUACGGCGGGAUCUUCAUGUAUCCUGCUAAUCAGAAGAGUCCGAAAGGAAAGCUCCGACUUCUCUAUGAAUGCAACCCUAUGGCUUUCAUCAUGGAGCAGGCAGGUGGGAUGGCAACUACAGGGACCGAAGCAGUGUUGGAUGUGAAACCUGAGAAUAUUCACCAAAGAGUUCCUCUUAUACUUGGCUCUCCAGAUGAUGUGCAAGAAUACCUUGCUUGUGUACAGAAACACCAGAAGAGCAGCUAAAGACUUUCACAUCAGAUCUUGCUUGCACAUUUUCAGUCUUCAAGAAAAGCUUUACCUUUCAAAAUAGUGGAUUCUAGCGUUUACCACAUAUCUCUCAGUGAAAGUCCCAGUUUACAAGAGCAGGAAAUAUAGUGAGAUUUUGUUUCUCCUUGCGGGCAUUUGUAAAAAUUCUUUAAUUCUGAUUACUCAGGGCAAGUGCAGAGACAGAGUCAUGACAAACAGAAACUACUUACUUUAUAUAAUAUUAACAAAAGGAAGUGAGUUGUGUCAGUAUCCCCAUUUGAUCUGAAGUUACACAUCUAACAUUACAUAGAUGGCAUUGUUUGCAACAGGAUUUCUGCAUCAAUAUUUGCAAUGUCAUUAUCUGGAUUUUCUGUCAGAGACUUUCUUGUAGAUGCUUUUUAUCUUGACACCCCUAAGAAGAGCAGAAGUCUUAUGCUGUCUGAAACAAUAUUUUGAAUCUGAGAAUUAUAUAUAUUUUGGGUAAUUAAUAGAGAUGAAAAGGCUGUAGCAUUGUCAGGAUAUUUAAUUUCUCAUAAGAACGGGGGUGUGUUAUUCACACACACCUU